UCUGUUCCUGUUUCCUGUUUUCCAGCCGUUGCUCUUCAUCGCUGCCGCUGCCUCCGGACGGUUUCCCAUCGUGUCCCUGCUCGAGUGGUGAAGAAGAUCGAGGUGACUCCGGCUUCAGGUCACUGCCGCCGCACCGAGAUCCUAAUCCUGAAGAAGAGCGGCUCCACGGUUUGUGUCGACCCGGACGCCAAAUGGUUCCCAGAACUCCUGAACGCUCUGCAAAAGAAAAACGCGACUUUCAACUCCACCGCUUCACCACCGACUUCCUCCGCAACCGACUUCUGAUUUUUUUGUUUUAGUUCUGGUCGAGUUGAUCGAAGCUGUGAAUUAACAGAAGGAAGCUGAGCCACUCUGAAGUCCUACAAAUGCUUUUGUUUUUGGUGCGAUUUGACAUCUUUUAGUUUAGUUUCUUCAUUUAACCAACUGUUGUAAUGUUUUAAAUGAUAAUAACGGUGUACAAACUUGGUCUUGGUGCAGCAUUUUAAGCCUGAACUACUGAAAUUAGCUAAUAUUUGUUGUUAGGAACUCUGAAAUUAAACAGUUUGAAUGUUAAAAAUUAAAUGAAUGUGUUGUGUAAGUAAAAAGAUGUAUUUUUGGUAAAGACUUAAUAGAAUUUAUUCAGCAUGUUGAUGACAUUUUUGAAGGUGCUGUAAUGUCUAACAUGCAUCUGUAUGUUUUUUUCUAAAUAAAGAAAUAAAUGACAGACAACAAGACUCUUCAAAAAAUGACAUUUUAUUGCCUACAGGGGUUUGGGGAGAGUCGGGCCGAGUGUGGACAGAUGAGACAAGUGCUGCUGAGCAUGUUUGGUUUCAACUGAGGCGCAACUGCUCACGUACGAAAUACAGAUUCGGCUUUUUGUAGAAGUCCUCGUGGAAAUGUUGUUUUUCCACAUCACUGCUUUUUUGUGCAAAGAAUAAGCCAAACAAGUAGCUUUACAAGGCCUCCAGGCUCCUAAGUUCUUAACCUAAAUCACCUUUUUAGAUU